AAUGUUCUUAGAACACCUCCGACCAAAAAGGCAAAGAGAGUUCGGUUCUUCCGUAAUGGAGAUAAAUAUUACACAGGUGUGGUGAUGGCAGUGACGCCUGAAAGAUAUCGCAGCUUUGAUAGUCUCGCGUCCGAUCUGACUCGUGCUCUAGUAUCGAGCGUGACCUUGCCGAAUGGUGUACGAGCGAUAUAUACCAUGGAUGGUCGCAAGGUACAAAGUGUCAGCGAUCUGGAGGAUGGCAAGUGUUACGUGGUAUCUGGUCAGGGCGAAAUCUUCAAAAAAGUCGAAUAUUCAGCAUCCAAGGUCCGUCGUGGCAGCUCGCUGUCUGGAUUACCACAAUCUCCAGCAGCUAGCAGCGGUGGCGGUGGUACCGGCAGGCAGAUCAGCGCCAUUCCGUUGUGCGUGAAAGCGCGCAUCGUGACGCUGAUCCGCCACGGUACCAAACCACGUAAGGUGAUGCGGCUGUUGUUGAACAAACGCAAUGCACUGAGCCUUGAGCACAUAAUGGAAGCGAUUACAGAGGCCGUAAAACUCGACACCGGGGCGGUGAGGAAGGUGUACACAUUAUCAGGUCAGCAAGUGACCUCGCUCGAGCAAUUCUUUGAGAAUGAUGACAUCUUUGUGGCUUACGGCCCAGAGAAAUCCGUACAGGAAGAUUUUGAACUGGACUUCGAGGAAAGUAAGUGUGUGCAGAGCUUCCGUCGUUGUCCGUGGAGUUCCAACCUCUGA